AUGUCGGAUUCUCCGAUCGUGUUUGAUAAACCUUUGCCACCAUGGUUACGAGGAAGUCUGAUAAGAAACGGAAUCGGGAGGUUCGAGAUGGGAAGCCGCCAUGUAACCACGGCCUUGGACGCAUACGCUAAACUAUCAAAAUGGACGUUUACCAACAACAGUCUAACACAAACUGCCCGUUUCUCAACCAAGUUUGUACAGUCUGACUCGUAUAAGAAGUCCGUCGCAGCUGGAGAUAUAAUGCCAUAUAUGAUGCUUGCCGCUACAGACCCUCCUUUCGCCCCCUGGCAAACAAUGGAGUCGAUGUUUUACGGAGCCGACAACAUGAACGUUAACGUCUUCAAUUACGGUGGAAGCGGAAAUAACAGUGAAGGUUACGUUAUUACCAGCGACUUUUGGAACUCUUACGGAAUAGAUCCUCAUACCUUGGGCACACUGAAACCAAUCAAGCCGCCGGUUCCCGGUGCACCUACAUAUGAUAAAAUGAUUGUCCUAGGCUGUUCACACUCGCUUCCAGAGCACGGUACCAGCAACCAUAUCACUUUCGUCUCUCUUGCAAGCGCCAUCCCAGGACUCAAAAGUAAAUACGUGUUUUACAGAGCAACUUCAGAUGAAGGAAGGGAAAAAAUUGCAGAGAUAGAAGUUGACAAAAUAUCGUACAUUCAUUCAUUCGCCUUGACGAAGAACUAUAUGAUACUUGUGGCGUCGCCGUUAUUCAUCGACCCCACGAGAAUUUUCCGUACAUUGUCACCAGAAGACGCAAUGGCAUGGGAACCAAACACAGGUGUACAAUUCCACACUGUGAACCUCAAAACCGGUUUUGUAGAUACAUUUGUAACAGAGAAUUUUUUCUUUUUGCAUCACAUAAAUUCAUUUGAAAACGAGUUUGGAGAGCUUGCCAUAGACUUAGUUACGUAUAAAAAUGGUAAUGCUAUGGCUAUAAUGGACCUGAAAAAUCUGAUAAAUGCGACUACCAGGUCAAUGUUUAAACCCCCAUUAAUUAAGAGAUACACAUUAAACAUGCAACGGAGGACCAUUAACAUAAAUACCUUUGAUAAUCUAACACCCAACCUUCCCUACGCCGCCACAUUGGACUUCCCAACAAUAAACGAAAAUUACAGAUUUGAAAAGUAUUGUUACGUCUACGGAGUAGUAUACGCUGUAAAUGGCUCGGACUUCUUAGACAUGGCGUUAGUGAAAAAGGACCUUUGCACCGGAAAAACGGACAAAGCUUGGUAUAAGAAAGGCAGCUAUUUUAACGAAGCAUUUUUCGUGCCACGCCCUGGGGGUAAGGAGGAGGAUGACGGAGUGCUGCUUGUAGAUAUUCUGGACACAGUAACAAAGGAAUCUGCUAUGGUUAUCUUUGAUGCAAAAACUUUGCAAAUCAGUAAUAGCGCCCUUUUGCCGACAAAUAACCCAUUCGGAACACACGGACGAUUUUUUCCUGAUAUUGUGUGAGAACUUGUUCCACGUUAGUUACGUAGUUUUUUUACAAACCAUCUUAUAACAACAAAAAAACAUCGUUGUUUCCAUUAACAUUACAGAAUUUCAUAAUCGUUUGCAGACGCUGAUAUAAUGUACCACAAAUUAUUCAAAGCAUAUUUUAACAAAAGCUUGUUGUUAACUACAUACAUAAAGCAAAUCAGAACGGUUGCAUAUUUUAACGAUAAAUUGUUCAACACAAACUACGGUAUUAUUCUUGUAACAAAAUGUAACUGUGACCGCGUUGUUCCUAUAAUUAAGCAUAGUUAUAGCUGCAGAUUGGUCCGAAAUUAUUCAGUAUUUCACCGUGUUUGCAGAUUUUCUUGUGACGUGUUUGCUGACGUUUAUAUAUAUAACAUUUAUCAACAUAAAUAUCUUUUUAAAAGCUUAAGAGAUGCUGAUCCGAUCAACUGACGUACUGUUUUCAUAGGCAUUCAAAUUACAUAUAGGGUACAUAACAUAAUCAUUUUGUGCAAUUUCAAUGUUUGUUC